AUGUUCUCGUUUCGCCGCAAACCCAAGAAGGACCCGCAACCGACGGUGAUUCGUACGUCGCCGUCGUUGCCAGAGCUCAACAGCCAGGGCAUCCCCUGGCCCGAGGACCUCGUCGACAUAUCCGCCAUCCGCGAGUCGUCGCCGCCACCGCCGUCGUCCGAUGACCACCACCCCGUCCUAGGCAAUCCGCAAGAGUCUGGGGGCAUUUCUGCACUCUACAUGACACCCGGGGGUCCACCCACCUUUGAGCCAAAGAAAGCCCAUUCUCUUUCCAGUUCAACAAAGUACAGCCAGCGGCGGGCCCGCGUUCCACCAACUUUCAACCUUAUGGUCGUCGGCGGCAAAGGAACGGGCAAAACCUCACUCCUCCGGCUGUUGUUGGAUACAGCAGACAUUUCCCCGACGGCCACUGUGGACCAGAAGGCGGCUUUGGACAAGUUCUUGAAGGGGUCGACGAGGGCGACGCAGGCUAUUCAGACGGCGUGCAUCGAGAUUUGCGAGUCGCGCUUUGACAGGGUGUUGUUUUCUGUCAUUGAUACCCCUGGGUUGGAUUUCCAAGAGGGGAGGGAACUUAAGCUUGAACGUCAAGUAAGCUCGGUCAUAAAGUAUAUCGACCAGCAGUAUGCGGAUACCAUGAGCGAGGAAUCCAAAGUCGUCCGUCAGAACAAAGGAGACCAGCAUAUUCACCUUUGCAUCUACAUGAUUGACCCCUCGUCCAUCAUGAGUGCGGAAGACCGAAGCUCUCAUACAACCUUCCAGACCAUUGGCAAGACGCGUUCAGAAACGACCAUUUCGCAGUCACAGCCGCCAGACCUUGUUCCAGACACUUCUUCCGAGAGCGAGUCGGAGGAUGAGGAGCAGCUCACCAUGUCACCUGCUGAACUACGUGUCAUCCGCCGCAUUUCAGCAAAGGCGAAUGUUCUCCCUGUCAUUGCUCACGCCGACUCUUUGACGGACGAGAAAUUGCAAGCUGUGAAGAAAGCCGUGCGCAACGGGUUGGCUGAAGCCGGAAUCGAUCUGGGAGUUUUCGCACCGGAAGAGAUCAAAGAACCCUCCACUCCAAAGCGCAAGACUCGCACCAAGUUCUCAAGCCCGAACGGAAACGGAAGCGCCAAUGGCCACGAAGCAGAGCCAUCCAUUGAAGGUGUCAACGGGGACGCUGCAGACAACUCUGUAGUCGAAGAUGAAUCGCCAGCCGACGACGACGAACGCACUCCCCGACCUAUCAUCAAACUUCGCCCCAAGCGUCACGGCCGCCCCCUCUCCCGAUCUCGCUCCCGCCGCGAUCUGUCUCGUGUAGCCGAGGAUGACGACCGCCGACCCUCUUCUCCAGACCUCGAGAGCGUCGCCAACGUGCGGUUCUCGGCCCAUAUCGUGGCCAAGGUUGACGUGACGGAGAUGCUGCCGUUCGCCUUGAUUGCGCCGGAGCCAGGCAAGAGGCGACCAAGGCCCAUCUCGACGACGAGUACUGCUGCCAGUGUUAGUGAAAGAGGAACAUCGCCAAGUCAUGAACAGCAGCAAUCGGAGGAUGGAGCCACGAGUCCUGAUGGGAACGUGCCCCCUACCCCUGCAUCGACCUACAGUGGGAAGAACUUUGCGUACCUCAAUGUGCCCCCGCCCGAGGACCUCAAGGGCGUGUUUGUGCGCAAUUACCGCUGGGGGACGGUGGACGUGCUGAACCCUGACCACUGUGACUUUGCGGCUAUGCGGACGGCUGUGAUGUCGACUCAUUUCAAGCUCCUCAAAAUCCGGACCAAAGAAGUGUUGUACGAGAAAUACCGCACGGAGAAGCUGUUGGCUCGACGCGCCACUGCUCAGAUAUCCGAGGAACAAAGACAACGAUUGCUUGAAGAUCUGGGCCUGUGA